GGGGAUCGUGUCGGCAUUUGUGUGACGCAACUUGAUUCACGUCUUCUCGAAUAUGGUCUAAUUGCAGCGCCAGGGUUGCUUUAUCCGAGUUUCGCUUGCAUUCUUGCUGAUAUUGAGAAGGUGCCUUACUUCACACGUAAACCGGUCUCCUCUAAGACGCUGUUUCAUAUUUCCUUGGGUCAGGAGACCCUGGUUGCUCGGGUCACCUGCUUUCGGUCACUCUCUGCCACGCUAAAACCACAUCUAGAGCAGCUCACUCAUGAUAAAGUUAAGAAGUAUACCACUAGCGUUCUAGUAGAUGUAUGUGUAAGGACAGACUGA